AUGGGGAUGGUCAGUUCCAAUCCCUUUCCGUUCGGGAACAAGUCCCAGGCCACAAAAGACCUCUGUGUCGCUGCUGGCGUUUGUGGAGCUCUCUUCUCAGCGUUUUCUGAGCCCAUCGGCCUUCUGAUCAUUCAGAUCUGGGGUAUAUUCUCCGUUUACACUUGGGCAGCAGUCAGGAGCGACAAGUUCAUGCCGCUCAGCGAAAGUCAAGCCGAGGCGCAGCACGCCUUGCAGCAGGCCUCUGGCUGGAAGGACCGGUUUGACAGUCUCUUCGGCUCCUCGGACACAUCCACACAUUUCUGGAUGAUCAUCUCCGUGGUCCUUUGUGCCCUUUCCGUGCUCCUCUUCUUGUCCCGGCUCUUCGUGAGGCCUCCGAGGAAGCUCCUACACUUCCUGGCCGGGGUGUUCGGGGCUGCCUGUGGUGCCCAUGCCACGGUUCAGGCUAUCUACUUCUACUGGAAUUCGGAUGGCAGCGAAGCACCGCUGGUUUAUGGGCUCAUCGCGGGAAAUCGCGACAGGUGGUGCUCAGAUCCUUCCUCAUGCAAGAUCUUUUAUUCCACUUACUGUAUUUUGAUCAUUGUGAGCCUCAUCACGCAGUACCUGGUGUACAGCGGCUUCAAAGAGGUUUGGAGCGACAAGGUUUAUGCAGCAGUACCCUUCAAGCACCCUCGGGGCAGGAGUGUGUCUUUCCGGGACGAUAGCGAAGCAAGCAGCACAGACGAAGAGGCUCAGCGAUGUACUCCUUGCAGAGGCUGCGCUGUGGAUCAGGACGACCAGACGGACACUUGGCUGUCAAACCUCCACACUCCGCGCUCCUGCUGGACCCCGGAACGGUUGUGUGCACCUUGCAGCGACGAAUGUUGA